UUAAACUUAUGGAAAAGUUUGCGGGUGUUAAAAUAUUUAAUAUGUACUUCAAAAACUUUUAUAUUAUCUAUUAAAAUUGGCAGUUCACACCUGUAAUGAAUCAAAGAGAUAUUUUGCAAUGAUGCAUAAUGUUUUAAACUUGUUUGUCGGAUUGGACGUGUCUGGAGUUAUAGCAUCAUUGAUUUGUGGAUAUUUCUUUUAUUAUUUUUACAAAGUUGUUCACCGACCUGUUUUAAUUGUGGGAGAUGGAGAGUUUAAAAACAAGUUAAUCCGCCAUCUCGAUGUUCUCAAUGAGCAUUUUUGGCCAACUUUUUGGGCAUUUAGUACCCAUUUUCAAACUAUAGGAAGAGUUUUAUUCAAGUCAAAGCCAUUUGUUCCUUACAGGAGAGAAACAUUGAUUACAACAGACAAUGGUCAUAUUAGUUUGGAUUGGAUUGAUAAUGACGAUAAUAAACUUUUUCCAGAUCCAAAAACAAGACCUACUGUUGUUGUAAUGCCUGGAAUAACAGGCUGUAGCGAUGCUAGUUAUGUUCGGCAUAUAGCAAAAGAAUCUGAAAGCCUUGGAUGCAGGGUUUUAGUAUUUAUAAAUCGAGGUUUAGGAAAAACAGUUUUAAAGACCCCAAGAACAUUCUCUGCUUGUAAUGCAGAGGACUUGGAGUUUGUUCUUGCUCAUAUCUCUAAACAAUAUCCAGAUAGCCCAUUGAUCAUGUUUGCUGUAUCACUUGGCGGAUUGAUUUUUACAAAUUAUGCUGCCAUUGGUGAUCAUAAAGCUAACAUUUCUGGAGCAUUUGUUGUAUCUGUUCCUUGGGAUCCUGUUAAAUCUUCAUACUCCCUUGAGAAGCCAGUUAACAAAUUUCUGUAUAACAACUUUUUGACCUAUAAACUAAAAGAACUUAUCAAGUUGAAUUGGCAUGUGUUCCAGGAGAAUAUAUGUAAAUUACCAUAUAAACUUGAAGAUGUUAUGAAGACUACAACAAUUCGAGAGUUUGACGAUGUAUUUACUGCAAAAACAUUUGGCUAUCCUUCUCACGAAGAAUACUAUACUGAAUCUUCGCUUAUAUUAAAGCCUCUAGAAAAUAUUAAAAUACCAAUGCUUUUUCUUAAUGCAAAAGAUGAUCCAUUUUCACCUGGAGAAUCAAUACCACUAGAAGCUAUUAAAAACAAUCCAAACAUGGCUCUAAUUUUGACAGACUACGGAGGACAUAUUGGUUUUGUCGAAGGAUUAACUGUGCGCGAUCGAUCUUUUGUUGAGCGACUUUUUAACCAGUAUAUAAAAUGUUUGUUGAAUCUUAAUUAGCAUCUUUUUCAGAGUGAAGUGUUAAUAUAAUUAAUAAUUUAUUUUUUAGCUUUUUCCAAUAAA